ACUCGGCGCCGGAAAACGCCGAACCUGCUCAGUCUCGUGCGUCGUCUCGUGCGCCGCUACCGUUUGACCGCUCUCGCGCGCUGUUCGGUAAACAUGCGUGUCCGCGCGCUCCGGUGUUUCCCGUAGUCUCAUAUCCGCGCGGUGUGUUCAUGCUUGCGGCUCUGCGGCGUUCUCGCGCGACCGCGUGGCAGUUUCUGAAGCGCGCGACGCCGUUACCGGACCUCCUCGGGCACGGUGACGUCAACGCCGGUGUGUCUCGCGCCGCGUGUUUGCGGCCGUGGAGCAGCAGCAUGUUGCCGCGCGCGGGGAAGAAGCCUGCGAGGGAUGCGGGGCUGCGGCACGUGCGCUCCAAGGAGAAGCGCGCGCACCGGGAGCUCCCAGGACCGAGCACCGUGCACGCGCAGGCGGUGAGCGCUGGAAGCAGAGAGAGCGGGAGCGCGCUUUACGUCUUCUCAGAAUAUAACCGGUAUCUGUUCAACUGUGGGGAAGGGACCCAGAGGCUGAUGCAAGAGCACAAACUCAAGGCAGCUCGAUUGGACAACAUUUUCCUGACCAGGAUGAGCUGGGAGACAGUCGGAGGCUUGUCAGGAAUGAUUCUGACCUUGAAAGACACAGGAGUCCCUGAGUGUGUCCUGUCUGGACCUCCACAGCUGGAGAAGUAUUUGAAUGCCAUCAAAGUGUUUUCUGGACCAUUAGAGGACAUCAAACUAUCUGUGAGGCCAUAUACUGAUUCAGUAUAUAAAGAUGACACCAUGACCGUCACCCAAGUGCCCAUAUUUGCUGAGCAGAAAGCUGUGGGAAUGAACAGCAGUCCCACAUCCAGCCAGCGGAGGGAGCUGUGGCGGCCUGAUGACUGUGAGGAAAGCCAAACCAACAACAGAGCCACAAGUCCAGAAGGCAAAGAGAGAACUACACGGGAUCCCUCUUUGGUCGUCGCUUACGUUUGUAAGCUCCAUCCGAAAAAAGGAAACUUUCUUGUGCAAAAAGCGAAAGAGCUGGGAUUACCUGUGGGGACAGCUGCUAUUGGACCAAUCAUAGCUGCCUUAAAAGAUGGAAAAAGUGUGACCUAUGAGGGAAAAGAGAUCCAGCCCGAGGAAGUGUGUACACCCACUGACCCAGGGCCAGUGUUCCUUGUGAUUGACUGCCCUUCCGUACAGUUUAUUCAACCGCUCUGCUCUAACGAGGUCCUCCAAAGAUAUCAGAGUGGGGAAGAUGGAGCCACUCUGGUGGUGCACAUGACCCCAGAAUCAGUGCUGAAAACAGAGGAGUAUCAGUGCUGGAUAGAGAGGUUCCCUUCCAGUACGGAGCACAUGAUUAUGAACGAACAGGCAUGUUGCAUUCACAACGUCAGGAGCCAGAAGAUCCAAACACAGCUGAACCUCAUCCACACAGACAUCUUCCCUCAACUCCAGCACUACAAAAGCACGGAGUCUCAGGCUGCUCUGCAUGUACCCAACGUGAGAGCGGAGUGUCUGCUUAAGUUCCAGCUAAGACCCAAAGCAGAGUGGCAGCGAGACGCCAUCCCUCCCUGCGACGAAGAGGAAUUUGUUAAGGAGGCCGCAGAGGUGCCAAACUUUCUGCAGGAAGUGGAGAAGUUCAAACAGUUCCAAAUGACUGAUUCUGUCGCCCUGUCUGGUAAAGUGGACCGGUACCCUGAGGUGGUGUUUUUAGGGACGGGCUCAGCUCUGCCGAUGAAGAUCAGAAACGUCAGCGGCACUCUGGUUAAUAUCAGCUCUUCUCAGUCUCUGCUGAUGGACUGUGGCGAGGGCACAUUUGGUCAGAUGUGCCGUCACUAUGGCAACCAUGUGGAUGAGAUGUUGACCAAGUUGUCAACUGUGUUUAUCUCUCACAUACAUGCUGAUCAUCACACGGGGCUGGUUAAUUUGUUGCUGCAGAGAGAGCGAGCUCUUAACAGUCUGGGGAAAGCUUUCACUCCAGUUUAUCUGGUGGCUCCUACUCAGAUCAUGACGUGGCUCAACCAGUAUCAUGACCACUGCCAAGAAAUCCUCAGCCAUGUCAACUUCAUCCCAGCCAAGUGUCUGUGUGAAGGUGCGGAAAUGCCCAAGUUUAAAACCAAAUCCUUCAUUCAGGCCGUCCUGAAGAGAAAUGACCUCACUAAGUUUCAGACCUGUCUGGUGCGGCACUGCAAGAAUGCAUUUGCCUGCAGUUUGACCCAUCAGUCCGGCUGGCGGAUUGUGUUCUCUGGAGACACCAUGCCCUGUGACGCCCUUGUACACAUGGGAAAAAAUGCGACGUUGCUGAUACAUGAAGCCACACUGGAAGAUGGAAUGGAAGAGGAAGCCAUGGACAAAAGACACAGCACAACCUCACAGGCCAUCGACAUCGGGAUGAAGAUGAAUGCAGAGUUCAUUAUGCUGAACCACUUCAGCCAAAGAUACGCCAAGAUUCCACUCUUUAGCGACGACUUCAAUCAGCGUGUGGGAAUCUCCUUCGACCACAUGAGGAUCCGGCCAGGAGAUUUCCAGAUCCUUCCUCGGCUCCUGGCUCCUCUCAAAGCACUGUUUGCAGAGGAAAUUGAGGAGAUGGAGGAGAGGAGAGAAAGAAGGGAGCUGAGGGCGGGGAAGACUCUAGGGGUGGAGUCUAAUGGUGAGGCAGGAGGUGGAGCUAAAAGAGAACAGGAGGAGCCUAACCAGGAUAUGGCCUCUAAACGACUAAAAGCUAACUGAGCAUCCACCAGUUGGGUUCAGCUAGUAUGAUGGAGGAUGUUUAAAGAUGUUCUUGAGCUUUUUUCAGCCUAAUCUCCAUCAGCUGCGUCUAUAGUGUACAUCACCACAGAUUAAUGCUGUUUUUCUCUGUGCUUAGAAAAGAACAGAAAACACAUUGAACACAUUCCUAGUAGAAGUCAAUGGGAAGCUGCUAAGUGAAUGUUGCUGUGUUGGAAUGUUGGAAAAUCAAACAUUUCAUAAAAACAGCCUUAAAAUUGUCUCAUUGUCAACACAUGUAUAGUUGGAGUGUAACGGUUGUUUCCAGGUCAUGUUAUGUAAUUACAGAUUUCCAUCUUGAACUUCAGCAGCUGCCCGUUAGCUUCUGAUAUAAGUGUGUUUUAUUGGUUCUCUGUUCUAUUGUAAGUGCAGAAAAACAGACAUUUGUCCAUGUUAAAUGACUAUGAUUAUGAGGAGAUUACCUUGAAAAACACUGACAUAUUCCUUUAAGAUCAAUCUAGAUCUGGCUCAGAAAAGACAACACAAUGUGAACGCAGUGCUACAUAUGAUCCAACCUACGAAAGGAGACUGUAAACAUUGAUCACUAUUUCUUUUGCAUCACAUGGAUUCCUUAGUUGGAAUAUUUUCUAAGAACAUGGAUUUCAUCUGAUUUGAGUGAGUACACAGCCUGUCCUGGAAGAUUGCCUUUCAUAGAAGUGAUUGAACCAGCCACGUUUUCCCACCUUGUGCUGUUUUGCUAAUGUGACUCAUUUCUGAAAGCUUACACGUGGAUUUAAAACAAACAUGAUCUCUGAAGGGGGAUGCAGCUUUGGGUUAACACAACUAUGAAUUGGACUUUGAGUUUGGAGUGAUUUGAGUGAGUGUAAUGAGUUUAGCUUGAACAGGGCAGCUUUCUUUUCCUGUUUCCAGGGUGUGAAUGCGAGUGUAUUUUUUUUGUAUGUAAUAUUAUGUUAUUUAUGUACAUAAAAACAGACUAACUUGAUUUUUGUUUUAAGGAAAUAAACAUCUGGUUUAAAGAACAAGGUGAAAAGUUAUCAAGAGGGUUUAAAACUGAACCGAGGGGGCAUUUACUGAACAUAAAGGCAAUGCAGAAUAUGGCCUGCAUUUCAAUAAAGUGACCUAUUAUUUAUUACCUAAAUUUGCUGAAAUUACAAAGUCCUUAUAGCAUAUUGAGCUCAAGAUUGGUGGUGCUUCACAUGUUUGAGAAAGUAUAUUCUAUCCUUCAUCCUUCCAGCUUGGUAGUAUGGUGUGAUAGAGGGAUACCUCUAUCACAUCAUUAACAUUAGAAAAGUGGCACAACCAUCUAAGCGUUGACCCCAUCAUUAGGAGUUUGAUCCUUGAUGAUGCUACAGCCAUUCGUCGCCGGGAGUCCAAGAGAGCAUAUUUGGCCUCGCUCUCUCUAGGUGGGUAGGGUGGCCCCCCCUUCUCUGUCAUCACUCAAUGCAAUGCGAGUUAGCUCAGGUGUCUGUUAGCUGGCGCAACAGAUCUGAUGGUUGGCACUGUCCUCCACAUUCGGCUGUCCAGUGACGUUGCGUGAGCGGCAGUUUGAAAAGAUGUGGUGGUUGGUUUCACAGGACUCAGGACCUGUGUUAGGCUUCACCCUCCUAGCAUUGAUAGGACUCCCCCAAUCACACAAUACUAACUAGUGGGUUGAAUUGGAAAUGACUAAAUUAGGGAGAAAAUUGGGUUUAAAAAAAAAAAUAUAGGAAAUGUUAAGUUCGUGUUUAUAGUAAGAUGUUCAUGUUUUUCUAGACCUGUUUUCAUGAGUCUUGUUUUAUCACCCAAUUUUGACUAAAGAGAAAACCCUUAACUGUCUGCACUGAUGGUGAUUUGAAGAAUGAAACUGGAUUAUCUUUUUGAUACAAACAUUGAUAAAGUACUAAAGGUGGCCCAGUGAUCACCAGGACCAGCAUGAGAAGACAAAUCUGAUUAACUGUUUAAAUACAGCCUUUCAACCCCAUUUGGUUAUUAGCAGUUUCAUUCGGCAUCCAAACAUACACAAAUAUACUCACUAAGUACUUUAUUAGGAACACUAUACUAAAACUGGCUGUGGCCUCACUUUACUCUCUUUUGGUGGCUUAUGUGGGCAACAUUACUUUGAGAUUCUGGUCCUUGUCGACACAAUUGCAUCAUGCAAUUCCUGCAGAUUUUUCAGGUCCACAUGCUGCAAAUCUGUUCUACCACAUCCCAAGGGUGUUCCAUUGGAUUCAGAUCCAGUGACUGGGAAGACCACGGAAGAACAUUGAGCACAUUGUCAUGUUUAUGAAACUAGUUUGAAAUGAACAGGCAGAAAGAAAACAUUCACCACACCGUUACACCACCUCCAUCAGCCUUGACUGUUGACAUGGCAAGUUGGGCCCAUGGACUAAUGCUGUUGGCGCCAAAUUCUGACACUACCAUCUGUGUACCUCAGCAAAAAUCGAGAUUCAUCCAUUCUUCAGCUGUCCAAUUUUGGUGAGGCUGUGGCCACUGCAGCCUCAGCUCUCUGUUCUUGACUUACAGAAUUGGAACUCUACGUGAUCUUCUGCUGUUGUAGCCCAUCCAAUUCAAGAUUUAACGUAUUGUGCAUUCUGGGACUUUUUUGCUCACCACAAUUGAAGAGUGUACAUUGUAUCUGAGUUACUGUAACUUUUCUGUCAGCCCGAACCAGUCUGGCCAUUUUCCCUUGACCUCUUUGAUCAACAAACAAGGCGACUGUCUGCAGAAGAGCUGCUCACUGGAUUUUUUUAUUUAUAUAUUUUUUGCUUUAUUGCACCAGUCUGAGUAAAGUCUUUGAAAAUCCCAGGGGAUGAGCAGUUAUAGAAAUACUCAAACUAGCCUGUCUGUCACCAAGGAAUAUGCCAUGGUAAAAAUGACUUAGAUCAUGCUUUUCUCUAGUCUGAUGAUUGAUAUGAACAUUAUUUGAAGCUGCUGGCCUGAAUAUGCAUGGUUGCCACAUGAUUGGCUAGAUAAUAGAUAAUUAGAUAACUUCAUAAAUGUGUUGAUAUACAGGUGUUCUUAAUAAAGUGCUGGCUGUGUGUAUGUGAACAUA